UCAAUCAUCGAUCGUCAAUCAUUUAUCUGUAUGCCUAGGUAUUGGGGAUUAAGAUUGGGAGUGAGAUUAAGUGCCGAGUGUUAAAUAUCACAUGCAGCGCGAUGAAGAGGAAGAUGAAGAUGACAUCUCGACGAACUCUUUCUUAUACGAUUUAAUCUUGGUUUGGUUUGGUUUGUUUUGUUUUCAUUUAAUACAUCCAUAAAAAAGAUAUAAUUGAAGUGGACCUUGGAACUUGGAAUUUGGAAAGUGCACGAGUGUACAAAUUACUAUUUACUUACUUAUUGCUUAAAUACCUGGAUCCCUAGAUACCUACCUAUUCGACGAAUAAAUUUAAAAUGGCACAUCAAGAACAACAACAUCAACAUCAACCCUUCGCUCAUGGAGCACCGGGUUCGUCCGAACUCAGUACGAAGGAUAAAGUGUUGGAAAUGGGUGCUGGUAUGUAUUUUAUUUUAUUGUUAUAUGUUUUUAUUGUACGAAUCUCAAUCUCAAUCUCAAUCUCUAUCUCUAUCUCUAUCUCAAUCUCCAUGUCCAUAUCAGAAUCAAAGACAUUUAAUAAAAUAAUAAUAAUAACAAUACACACAUAGGUAUAUCGCAAGAUUUCGCACCUAUAAAGGCCAUUUGUGCUCAUCUUAAUGCGUUUCAUGUUUAUGUGGAUGAGCCGGGGAGGUGUGUCGAGGCUAAUCAUUAUUGUACGCAUUUGAGUAGGGAGGUGAGUUGGUGGUUUCUUUUUUGUUUCUAGAGGUUUCCUUUUGGGGGUUUUGGUGAUUGUUUGGGGUGGGAAGGAGGGAAGGAAGGGGUUUGGGGGUGGGGGUGGGGAUUGAGAUGAGGUGACGAGAAGGGAGAGGGAAGGGGUUGAGAGAAGGGGUUGAGAGGAGGGAGUGAGAGGAGGGAGUGAGAGGAGGGAGUGAGGAAAGAAUGCAAUGUCGCAAGAUGCAGAGCAGCUAUCAAGCUUAUGACGAAGUCGUCACCGAGAACUUUGAUACCUAAUGAAACUGCUCUGCAUUAAAAUGCUAGGAAACAAAUCAGAAAAGAGGAGGUUAUAUCACCGAAAGGUCAAAAUUACUAAUUCCAUCUGUUACAUAUCAUAGGUUCGUCAAUGUCUAAUCUACGAUGCGCCAAAAAAUCCAGCCAGAUUAAUCGGAGUCGAAUACAUGAUCACGCGAAGAUUAUAUGAGAAAUUAGGAGAAGAGGAAAGAAAACUAUGGCAUUCGCAUGAUUAUGAGGUAAGUUUACUUUUUACUCUUCUUCUACUUGAUCUUCCACCUCCCCUUCCAUUUCUCUCACAUAUAGUUUUCUCAGUAUUCCAAACGAAGUGUGCUGCAGUAUAUAUAGAUGACUAGUUUUCCCUUUCUAAUACUACUUACUCAAAAGGUUAAAUCUGGCAUGUUGAUUCUUCCGAAUCCUACACUCCCAGAUGCAGUUUGGACGAUGGCGGAAACGGAGGAGAUGAAGGAGAUUGUGGGGUUGUAUGGGAAGACUUUUCAUUUUUGGCAGACAGAUAGGGGGGAUGAGUUGCCGCUUGGGAUGCCGGUGUUGAUGGGUAGUUUUACGGGGGAUGAACAGGUAUGUGUUUUUUGAUUUUGGGGUUAGGGUUGGGUUUUGAGGCUGGGGUUGGGGUUGGGAAUAGGAGUUUGAGAGAGGGAGUAUGAGAGAAGGGAUUUAAAAACGGAGAGAUGAUGAUUUGAGAGUUUUUAAACUUUUUCGUAUGUAUAAUUAAUUGACUGACUGAUUGGAUUAGGUUCCAUGGAAUAAAGUUAAGGAAAGAGAUGAGAGAUUUCAUGUUGAUACAAUGAAGAAAAGGGAGGCGAGGAAGGAUAUCGAGAGUGUGGAUAUUCAUAAGGAUGCUGAUCAGGUGUGGAAGAAAUAGGGAGGGAGAGUAGCCAGACAGAUGGCUUGUCUUCUUUUCGAAUUGGAUGCUUACUGGAGGUGAUAUCAAUGCCUUUAUGAAUUCAGUUUGGAUGUUCGAAAGUGGAUGGCUACUAAUUCUACUUGACACUAAUUAUGGGUAAUCUGGGGGGAACGAAAAAGGGUAAAAAUACAUAUACUCAGCACUCAUUCAAUAUUCUUCACCUUGACUUUGAUUUUAGACCACCCUUCUUUCUCUCUCCAUCUAUUUAUUUAUUAUUCAUCACCAAAAAAUCCUCAAAAAAAAUCAAAAGAAAAUAUACCUCAAGUGAACUCAAGAUCGCAGAAUGCGGCUUCUGUGGAUCGAACACAGUGCCUCCAG